CCUUAAAUCAUUUCGCAUACACAAAUUAGCGGGAUGUAAACUAUAACGAGCAUUCAUUUUCAUUUAUUUCCACACUUCAGGUGCUGAUUAUUUUUUGGUUCAGCCUUAAAUCAUUUCGCAUACACAAAUUAGCUCCCGCUAACAUUUUCAAAACAGUCAACAUAAAACUAAGUAAGUCUAAGAGGACCUGUGAGGGCAUCUUACUCUGUCUAUGUCUACUCAUACAUUUCAACUUUCAAAGAGUUUUAAAUGCCUGUGAAACGACUUUAUUUCUGGCAACCCAAUGUGGGCGUUACCCUUACUACUCAAAUAUUCAACUUACUCUGCAAAUGCAUAGAGGACGCCAACGGCAUCAAAGAAUGCCGUCUCAAGGCCAAUAUUGUUCAGUAUCGCCCCAUUUUGAAAGACGAAAAUCAAAGGAUGGAUAUUGUGCGAGAAUUCCUAGGGAUUUCGUUUGAGGAACAACCAGACAAACACUUAUUUGUUAUAAGGAGUCAUCGUCUGGUGAUGGAGUCGGAUUCCAACCUCCCUUCCAUAUUUGAUAAACUGCAGUCUUACCGAAAAGCCAUUACCCUUAAUUUCGAGGGUUUUCAAUACAAAUUUGGAGAUUUUCAACUAAAAGUGUUCAAAGUAUCUCAAAGUGAAACUCUGAAGGCAGUUGUCAUGGAGGUUGAAUACCUACCAGUAUCUUCCUUAGAAAAGACUCGUGCCCUUAUGGACGAAUUUUUUGAGAUUUGGCAAGAGUUACUUUCAUCAAAGACUCCAUCUGGACACAUUUUUAACAUAGAUCCAAACUUCGCUGAUUAUCAUCUUUCAGAUCAUUAUAGCUGGCAACAUACAGCUGUGCUAUACAGUAGUGCUAUGGCUCAAGCAAUGUCUACACGAAAUUGAUUUUUUGUUUGAUUCAAGAUUAGCUUGUUUGCAUUAUAAAAAUGUGUUAAAUUCUUUUGAAAUCAACUGAUUGUUGUUAAUUUAAAUUCUACCGUUCUACUCCAAGAGUAAUUUUAUCUUCCAUCCUUUGCCAUUGGAAACUGUAUCUUCCCAACAAUAAUAGAUUAUUCUUUGUAACUUCUUAUUUAA